AUGCCUCUCCGUAGAGGCGAGGGUGAUACUGCCGCACCCGGUCGCUCCGUGUCACCAGAGCAUGGGACAACCUCUUCUGCUGGAUGGUAUGGCACUAAGCUUUGGCAUGCAGCUCACCACGCGGGUUGGCAUUGUCUCUCGGGAGUCCUCUUGAGGCUUUACGUCCCUAUCUCGGCACUACCGGGCUGCGAGUUUGGUCUUCACAGUCCUCCGAGUCUACUUCCUACUGGACUACGCUCCCAAUCUCUUGGUGCUGGUCUCUCUGAUCUAUUCUUUGGUGACAGAGUGUCUCUCGUGCCUCUAUUUAACUCGGGCCUCUACUCUAUGCUGUUAUCUAUCCUCACUCUCUGCAUCUCCCUUGUGCCAUUCGUACUGAGUCACUCUGGUGGCAAAAUAGUGUCGAAAGAUGAGCUGAUCGAGUACCUCACUGAUGAGAAGGGGAGGGAGUUCUCUACUUGCGGGGUGCACAAGACAGACACUCUGUACAUCCCAAAGGUCUCGGCUAAGUUCGCCAAUAUCGAGGGUAAGAACCGUGUACGAUUCGCCUUGAAACUAGGGGGCCGGGCGAAGACCCCGGGCAGGGUCCUCAAGACGCCAUGGUUGGUCUAUACACUCGGUGCGAAUACUCCCAAGCAGGGGAUGAUCAUCGGGGCGGCACCAGAAGGAGUGGAGGCAUUCGAAAAGUUCAAGGCUGCGGCGGCUGAGGAGACCAAUACUGACGGCAACUUCAGAGCCUUUCUGACCAAGUUCAGUGACACGGACUAUGGCGCGAUUGUGGCCAUCGGGGCUAAUACCUUAAUUAUGCCAUGGGUUUUUGGAUGGCAUUUCCUGAGGAUUGCCGCCCUCAUGGCUGUGGUCCGAAGCAAGGGAGAGAAGUUCUAUUUCUCAGAUAACGACGAUUAUGAUGACUCGCUAGACGAUGGGAUGUCCGAGGGGUCGAGCGGCGGGGCUUCGAUUGCCAAGAUCCCCGGUGGCGACUACGAGCCCCUGGACUAUAAAGUUGGAUCGCAUUUCCAUCUAAACUUGGACGACGAUAAUGCAAAGACGACACCAUCGGCAUCUACGACUCAACUCGGAGGCCAUUCAGAUGCUUUGGGGGCAUCUUUGGAAUCGGAACCAAAAGGCUUGGCUGGUGACACUACGGCGCCUCCAGCUUUGUUCGAUAUUGACAGCGGCGAGAAGGAUUCGACGCGGACGAUGUCUGUGCCAACCUCUGGAGUAGAGGACCCUGAGGCUUCCAUGGAGAUGGACUGCCCUGAUGGAUAUGAGGCUAGGGGCCUUUGGGUGCUUAUCAACGACCCAACACGAGGUUACAUCACAGGCAAGCACGAGUCGAUCGCGGCGGUGUCUCUCAUUUGCGAUGACCACCUUGAACAGCUGAAGAGCUCACCAUCGACGCCAAAGGCCACCAACCAGCAACAAUGGACUCGUCUGGCUUGUAUGGACCGCCCUGAUGGCCAGCGAGGAUUACUGUAUACGGGUAUGCUCCUACAGAGACCCGACGAAUGUGGAGAGAAGGAGAACCGUAUCAAAAUGGCCAUGAGGAACGGAGAGAUGAUGGGCAUAUCGACUCAGUGUGCUACGGCCUGUACUCGACACGACUGCGGCUUCCGAGAGCUGAGAGGCUCCUCCUCGUCUGGAGUCCAGCCUACUAGUGUCUGUGGUUGGAGGCCCAAUUGCCAUUGUGACUGUGGAGCGACUUCUUUCGUGGCUUCCUCUUCAUCUCUCUCGAGGAUACCUCUGCCGACGGUGACUGAGAUGAUGCCCGCAACGGCUAGUGCUCCACUGUUCCCUCCACAGCCGAGUUUGAUGUCGCAGCAGAUCCAGCAACAGACUGAAGUUGCUCAGCAGGUACUUUGCAUUGUCAAGGCGAACUUGCAAGCUAUUGACGAGCAGAGAAUAUCACAAGUUGAGAGGCAGGAGAACAAGCUAGACGCCGACAUGGGGCAACUGAGCGCCUCUGUGGAUCUUUCCAAGCGGAACAUCACGUCGUUCCAAGGAGCUCUCACUGCGGGCUUGCGACAGAAUGCUGUGGAUAUGAUGUCUCUUCUCGGGGACGUCGCGGCACUGAUAGGGACAGCUUUACCGACGCCUGGCAAAGACGAGGGAGACCCGAUGGCGAUCCUCAACCGGGCCGAGCAGAUGCUACGUGAACAAGUCGUUACAGCGAGGGCUAAUGGCUCCUUCCCUCCGGUCUCGACAGAGGAACGAGAGAAAGUGAAGGUCCUGUCCGAUGCUGUCGGCAACAUCAUACGGGCCGAGACCCUCAACCGAAACAGGCUGGACCAGCUAUCGAAAGCGUUCGAGAGCCUACAUGCAGAGCUUACUGAAGCGGGGCAUCUGAAAGGGAACUACCAAAUUGCCGACCCCGACUAUGCAUCGUUGUUGAAUGCCGACCUCAACAGUGUACGAGAGGGUAUGGACGAGGAUAUCAAUGGUCUGCAUCAUGUUUCUGACCUCCAGGCCAAAUCAAUGCAGGCGUUGCGGUCUUCGCUGAAAGCCCUGUCCAGGAAGGUGGACUCAAUGGCUCAUCAGGAGGAGAACGAUACUGAAGAUACCAUAAGUAGGGAGGAGAGCGAUUCGAAGGAGGCCGAUGAGGAGCUCACAGCCAGGCUCGAUAGUCUGGAGGCUAAGGUGCGGUUCUUACAGAAUCCAGCCAAUGAGCACAUCAUGCAUCCAGAGGACCGAUUCGAGUCGCUAACGAGAGUGAGUGAAGUCCAGGAAGAGAAGAUAGGCCUCAUAGAGAAGCAGUUGCGGACUAUAGUCCAGCGAACGUCGGCGAAUACCCUCCAGGCGAGUGUGAACGAGGCGAUAGAGCAGUCGAAGAAGGCUGAAGGCAGCGCAGCCAUCUUCACACCGCCCGGCUACGUCGCCAUCGCAGGGCUAUUGCUGGCCUUGGGAGCUAUAUGCAUGGGAUACGUGGGCUUUGAACGGUCGGACAAGCAGCUCCAGGACAUCACGUACCUCAACGAGCAAGUCGCCGAUGUCAUACAGCGCAUAUGGCCCGAGGAAGAGGAGGAGUAUUAUGGCGCUGAUGGGGAGGAAGAAGAGGAGGAGGAGGAUGCUGAUCAGGCCAGGGGAGAGGCCGAACAGUUUUUUGGAUUCAUGAGUAUCCCUAGGUCACGUGCGGAGCGGCAGCUGAUGAAGAACCGUGAUGCUGUUGAGAAGCAGCGGCUGCAGAACAGGACGGGAGGCUUUCACCGGUAUGAGGCCUUCGAUACCAUCACAGGUGUUGUGGAGGGUUGCCCUGCCGAGGCUGGCCCCGUUGAGCGGUUCGUGACCACGAGUGAUCUCGGACAGGACCUGAAUAGGGCUGAGCAUGAGGCUGCUGUGAGACGCCGAGAUGAAUGUGCGGAGACUCUGCGUAAAGAAAGAUUGAUCCGGGAGGCGGAGCGAUGGGAUGCAAUAGAGAGAAAUGAAGAAGAGGAGAAGGAAAGGCAAAGGAGACUACAGGAGGAUUCCAUACUAGGACGGAAGAAUACAUCCGGACAACCCUAUGACAUUGUCGGUCUCAGCUACCAUGACACCGAGGAGGGGCGACGGCUACGUUAUCAUGAUGAGCUCAUCAAAUGGCGAGGAAAGCUUCGAGCGAAUCAUCUGGCCGCUCGGAAUCAUCUCGGGUUCAACCCGAUCACAGGGGAGUCUUCUCUCGAGCUACAGCAUCCCCAGAAGCCCCAGCCUGACAGUACCAAGCCCGAGGAGAGUUCCAAGGACCCUUGCUCAUGA